GGCUAACAAUAUUGAAUGGGAAUUAUUGAGUGGUCUUUUCAUGUUAUCAUUGCUUAUUUUCCUUCAUUUCCGAAGGAAUGAACGAAUUUUAAGGCUUGAAUUUAUGUCGAAACUUAAGGAGUUAGAAGAGACAUCGAAUGCAGAACAAAUUGAAUUAGCUAAUCAACAAAUGCUUCAAAAUGCUCUACCAUCACAUAUUGCACAAAAUUUCCCGACAAAAUCUGACCUUUAUCAUCAUAUUUGUCAUAGUGUUGGAAUAGCUCAUAUCACGAUUUUAAGCGACGAUGAUGAUGGUGAAGCUGCCAUCGUUAUGCAGCAUCGUGGAAUUGAGAAAAUUCGAGGAUGUCAGAAGAAUUAUAUUGUUGCAGUGGGUGUCAUUCCAGAAUUUUGUAAGAAUGUUCACGAUACGCCAUCAACAAUUGGUGAUUUACUUGCUGAACUCACGCAAUUCGCAUUAGAUAUUUCGGCAUUUGCUGCUGAUCAUGGUAUUUCCCUAAAUAUUGGUAUCGAUUGCGGAUCAGUUCUAUCAACAGUUGUAAAUAGUCAAAAGCCUACAUAUGAACUGAUUGGUAUGCCAUGUUUGGGUGCUCGUACUUUAAUGCAACAUGCUAAUUGUUACGGUAUUAUGGUAUCCGAGGAGAUCUAUUUAGCUUUGAGGCCAAGGAAUUUCAAUUUUGAUUCACGACCAAUUAAAAUUUCAAAAAACCUUAAUGCAUAUGUAUUCGAGGAUAAUUAUCCGGAUACCAGUUAUCAGGCUGAUGAAACGGACAUCAAUUCAUCAUCUAUACCACCGGAACAAAAUUCAACAUCACAGAAUCCAUUAGAGUUAUUUGCUUCAAUGAAUUCAUCAUUUUCGUCUGAAGUAUAUUCAAUAGAUGUUGGUGUUGAAACAGAUUCAGAAAUGGAAUGGAUUACACCGGAAAUGUUAUUGUAUGAAAAGAAUGCACAAUUUAAUGCACAACCAUCAACUUCAUCUGUGCAACCUUCAAUACACACCAAUCAGAAUUAUUUCGAUUCUCAAGCAUAUAUUUCAUCUGAUUCACAACGUAAGCAGUCAAUGACACCAGAACGAAGUCGUCGUCGACGAUUUUAUAUGGGACGAACACCAAGUUGGUUAAAUCAAUCAAUAAUAUCGGAUGCAAGUCGAGUAGUAUGUGACGGAAAUGACAAGCUUGCUGCUGCAGCGACUCGUGUUGAUCGAAUGUUAGCUGAGCUAACAGCAAUCGCUGAUUUUGAUUCGACACCUGAAGGUCAUCCAUUUCCAACUGCGCUUUCCGCCUCAACUAAAAGCUUGAGGAGAGAUAUAUCAAGCGCUUGUCAUACUGAAUAUGAUAAUGCUGAAUCAGAAGGCAAUUGGUCCGAUUCUGAAAUGCUCGAUAGUCGAUUAGAGCGGCUUCAUAAAACUUUGAAAGAUUGUAGCCGUAUAAGCAUUCCACAACGAAGAAGAUAUAGAUUAUGGAGUCAGAGUGAUAAUGGUAAUGAUGCUGAUAUCGAUAGCAUCUGCUCAUCUAUUGGUACAUCAUCUUUUUUCAGUAAUCUUCGAUGGAAUAGUGUUCAUUCAAUUGGUUACGAAAAUGAAUACGAAUUCGCUUCUAAGGAAGACCUCAAAGAGAUUGCACGUAGUCAAAUGGAAGCAUUGAGUCGUGAUAUACGUAUGAGUUUUGGUGAUUAUCAACUUACCACAUUUCCAAAUAAUAAUCUCUGA